AUGACCAGCUCCUCCUCCGCCUCGUGGCUGAGCAAACUCAAGGGACUCGACGCGUACCCCAAGACCAUCGAGGAGUUCAAAGUCCGCACGUCCCAAGGUGGUUUCUUCUCCCUCUUGGCGAUGGGAUGCGUCUCCCUCUUGCUCGUGUCCGAGCUGCGCUUCUACUUUGCUACCGACACUGUGGACAAAAUGGUCGUGGACGGCGGCCGCAACCACCUCCUGGCCAUCAACUUUGACGUGGAGUUUCCGCUCAUGCCUUGCGCCGUUGUGGCGCUCGAGUCCGUCGACAUGGCGGGGAACGUGCACCACGAUAUCGAGCACGACGUGGAGAAGACGAGGCUGGAUCGACGUGGGAAGGUGCUGGCGGAAGGCGUGCGGGACGUUCUGGGGGGAGCGAUGAUUAAUAGCACGGAGCUGCACAAAGAAGCGGCCAAGAUUGUUUGUGGGAGCUGCUACUCUGCUGGAGAGCCAGAAGAGUGCUGCAACACGUGCGCGGACGUAGAAGCGGCUUAUGUCCGCAAGGGCUGGUUGAUGCCGAGUCUUCACACGAUCGCACAGUGUCAAGAGCUGGAGGUGGAAAAAGUGCUGCGUGGAGAAGUGGAAGAAGGGUGCCGGAUCAAGGGCACGCUUGUUGUCUCGAAGGUUGCUGGCAAGCUGUACUUUGCUCCGUCUAAGAUUUUUCGCACGGGAUACUUGUCGUCGCAGGAUCUCAUUGACGCCACUUUCGACGUCUUUGAUACGUCGCACACCAUUCAUUCGCUGUCCUUCGGCGAAGCGUAUCCGGACAUGAAAAACCUGUUGGAUAAUCGCCAGAAGAAACUCCCCGAGAAGUCGGUUCGUGGCUCGUUCCAGUACUUCCUAAAGGUAGUGCCCACGGAGUAUACGUUUUUGUCUGCAAGCCGUAUCAUCACGAACCAGUUCUCAGUCACGGAACACUUUCGCCAGCUCACGUCUACAAGUGACAAGGGUCUACCAAUGGUUUCGUUCAGCUACACGUUUUCGCCAAUCAUGUUUCGCAUUGAACAGUACCGUGUGGGCCUUCUUCAGUUCCUCACUAGCGUCUGCGCGAUUGUGGGAGGCGUGUUUACGAUUCUUGGCAUCAUGGACUCGCUCGCGUUUCGAGUUUCGAACAGAACGAGCAGCACGCCGCUGCUCUGA